AGGUGAAAGGUCACGCUGCUAUUUGGCGGCCAUUUCUCUGGAAGCUAAGCGGCUGUGUCUCUGCUGUGGCUACUGCAGUCACGAGGGUCGGACGACAGCUGGGUCGGCGGCGAGUAUCCUGCAGCAUUUGCCCACUACUGCAGCAGUAGUCGCGAUGAGUUUGCCCCUCAAUCCCAAACCUUUCCUCAAUGGAUUAACAGGAAAGCCAGUAAUGGUGAAGCUUAAGUGGGGAAUGGAGUACAAAGGCUACCUGGUGUCUGUAGAUGGCUAUAUGAACAUGCAGCUUGCAAACACAGAAGAAUACAUAGAUGGAGCAUUAUCUGGACAUCUGGGUGAAGUUUUAAUAAGGUGUAAUAAUGUCCUUUAUAUCAGGGGUGUUGAAGAAGAAGAAGAAGAUGGGGAAAUGAGAGAAUAGCAUCUUUUGGGGGGAAUUUUUUUUAUAUAGAUUUGUAGACAAUAAAGAUUUGUUUGUUUUUCAA